GACAGGGUGGUUCUCUCCAAAGUCCAUCACCAUACAGUGUUACAUAUAUAACUAACCGCUUCACGUUCUAAACCUCAUACUCUUCUCUCUCUACAUCUCUCUUUCUCUCUCUCUAGAGAUUCAGUACCUUGAGUUGUUUGAUCCAACACCAAAACAGUGUCAUGUCUGAAUUAGAAACAACGACGACAGCUCCGGAGGCACCAGCAACUGAGGAAGUGGUGACAGAGAAACCCACCACCACCGCCGCCGCCGCCGCAGAGAAAGAUCCUCCUCUGCCCGCGCCUCCUGUCGUGGAGGCCGAGGAGCCGAAGCCAGCCGAGGAGGAGAAGAUCGCGGAAUCGACUUCUUUCAAGGAGGAAACCAACGUGGUCGGGGAACUUCCUGACUCACAAAAGAAGGCUCUGGAUGAGCUCAAACACCUCAUCCAAGAAGCCCUCAACAAGCACGAAUUCACUGCGCCGCCGCCAUCUAAGGAAGAAGAGAAGCCCGCCGAGGCCGCUCCACCGACGGAGGAGGAGAAACCCACCGCCGCCGCUACUGGAGAAGAACCAAAAUCCGAAGAGAAAACAGAAGAGGCCCCUGCAGAGGUGGCGUCGCCUCCACCGCCGCCUGCGGCGGAGGCAUCUGAGACCGCCGAAGCAGUGGAAGAAACCGUCCAGCCGGCGGAGGAGGUGUCUAUCUUUGGAAUUCCGCUUCUGGCAGACGAGAGAAGCGAUGUGAUUCUACUGAAAUUCCUCAGGGGCAGAGAUUUCAAGGUGAAAGACGCUUUCACAAUGAUCAAGAACACCGUCCGGUGGCGAAAGGAGUUCGGAAUCGAAUCCUUGCUGGAGGAAGAAUUGGGGGCAGGGACAGAGCUGGAAAAGGUGGCGUUCAUGAAGGGGGUCGACAAAGAAGGCCACCCAAUUUGCUACAACGUGUAUGGUGAAUUCCAGAACAAAGAUUUGUAUCAAAACACAUUCGCUGAUGAUGAGAAGAGGCAGAAGUUUCUUCGAUGGCGAAUUCAGUUAUUGGAGAAGAGCAUCAGAAAGCUCGAUUUCAGUCCCGAUGGCAUAUCCACCAUCGUUCAGGUCAAUGAUCUCAAGAAUAUUCCAGGACCCUUCAAGAGAGAGCCCCGUUCGGUCACCAACCAAGCCCUCCAACUGCUUCAGGAUAACUACCCUGAGUUUGUCGCCAAACAGGUGUUUAUCAAUGUUCCAUGGUGGUACUUGGCCUACAAUAGGGUGAUGAGUAUCACACAAAGGACCAAGAGCAAGUUUGUGUUUGCAGGCCCUUCAAAAUCUGUUGAAACCCUUUUCAAGUAUAUAGGUCCUGAGCAAGUACCAGUUCAAUUUGGUGGACUUAGUAGGGAGGGUGAGCAGGAACUCACUACUGAUGACUCUGUUACAGUGGAGACUAUCAAGCCAACAAGUGAAUACACCAUUGAAAUUCCUGUUUCUGAGAAAUGUGUUUUGGUUUGGGAGGCCAGAGUUGUGGGGUGGGAUGUGAGCUAUGGAGCUCAAUUCGAGCCCAGUGCCGAGGACGGCUACACUAUAAUUGUACAAAAGACGCGGAAGAUUAGCCCCUCUGAUGAACCAGUUAUCUGCAACAGCUUCAAAAUCGGUGAACCGGGCAAGGUGGUGCUCAAAUUUGAUAACCAAACCUCAAAGAAGAAGCAUCUCCUUUACAGGUCCAAGACCAAACCCUCUGAUUGAGCUAGAAUUUAUUAAUGCCUUUGUUGGCUUGUUCUUUUCUUACUUUGAAGAAGGUUUUAUUUUUAUUUUUUUGGUUGAUAUUAAAGUUUUAUUUGGAAAUUUAUAAUCUUAGAGAUUAUAUAUAUUUCUUUAUUUAUUUAUUUAUUUUUUGGCUUUUAUGUUAAGAAUAAUUAAUUAAUUGGUAAAGAUUUUUGUGGAAUGUGGGCAAAAGCUUUGUUGCCUUAGUUAA